AUGUCAAACCGGUUGGAGUCAUUGAACUCGAAAAAACCAGCUUCUUCAGGUGGGAAAACGGGACUUAAAUUUAAACCUAAGGUUGUGCAAAGAAAAUCGAAAGAAGAAAGAGCAAAAGCAGCACCUCCCAGCGUAAAAGAAGAAGAAGGUUUACAUACAAGUACACAUGGAAGGUCAUCAUCGAAUCGAACACGGGGCCCCAAUUCUAGAGGUAGGGGUGGUGGCGUACGAAAUAAUUAUGCUGGAACACAUUUGGUGAUGCUGGGACCCUUAUCUGCUGGUUCGGUUUCAUUGGGUAAUUCUUCCGGUUCGAAGCUAGGUUUGACUAAAGAUUUGGUAUACAAUAGCAAUGGGCGGGAAACUUUGACAUCAGAAUAUAUUAAAAACCUUGAACUCAAGAAUCCAAAAGAACGUUCCUUUUCAGGGGAUUCUGACUCUUCUGAUGAUGAGAAUUUCGCAAAGAUCAAUAUGACAAAGGUGUAUAGAUUUGCAGACAGCGAGACGGAAUUGUUUCCUUACAGACCAUUUAGAGACGAUGGAAUUAUUCGAAAGAACGAAUACAGAAACCAGGAGACUCGGGAACAGUCGCCUGUUAAAAUCGAAAGCUCUAAAGAAAGCACUCCUGCACCCAAUAGUGAUGUGAAUAUUAAAAGUGAGAAUAUUGAAGAUAAGAUAGAGAUGAUCAAGGAAAAUAAGGCGAAAUUGGAAAGCAAGAUCGUGAAAACAGACUCAAUUAUUGUUAAUGAGUCCAGCAAGUUGAUCAAUGACUAUGAGGUUAUUUCGAACCUCCUAGCAGACAGUUUCAAUAAUUUAUCGACAGAGGAGAAAUUGGAAGACGACAGGUACGUGUUAUUCCAAUUACCACGUAAUUUACCAGACUAUGUACGAGAAGAGAGUAAAGAAGUGAAAAUCGAGAAAGAUGUUUCUUCACAAGAGUUUCCGGUCGCUACUGCAAAGUCAAAGUUAGCUGUACCUCAAACUUCCCAUCUCCGCGGCGAAAUCGGAAAAGUCAAUAUACACCAAUCUGGCAAAAUAACCAUUGAUUUAGGAAAUGGUAUCAUUUUGAAUGUCACAAGAGGCUCUCCUACUGAUUUUCUACAGGAAUUGGCAGUAAUAAAUCUAGCGCAGCCAAAUUUAAACCAGGAAGAAAUGGACUUGGUAGACGACGAAGGGAGGCAAAUGGCAGGAGAAAUUAUGCGUUUAGGGAGUGUCAAUGAAAAGAUUAUUGCUACGCCAUAUAUAUAG